UCACAAGCUUUCCGCGAGCAAAUGUACGGUGGCCAGGUGUGAAUCGUGCGAAUGUAUACGUGUAUAUAGGACGCACGGCGCCGUUGAAGUCGCGCUUUAUUAUGAGUUUCGCGGUGAAAUAACGCGAAUGUGAAACAAUACAAGAUCGUCGCUGGCGUCGUCGAGUUUCACGGUCUAACGUAGCCGAUUCCUGGCGUUGGCGGAUCGUCCGGCGGGCACGUAUUACUCGCGUGCCACUUGGCGUGUCGCGCGCGAGUGUAACAUUGUCCGCGCGCUUUCUUUCUCGCGGCUCUUCGUUUUCGCGGAGACUCGCAGUUCCUCCCGCUGUCGAAGAAACCGCGCCAACGCCGUGGCCGUGUCAUCGUUGUUACCAACCGUGUCGAAAUGCCGCUGCUACGUAAACAACCGUUUCAGCGUCUCCACGUCUCCUCCGAUUUUAGGGACGACGACGAAGUAUUCUAUUGCGAGGUUACAAAUGAAAUAUUCAAGGACUACAAUGAAUUUUGUGCACGUAUUAUUUUAUGUAAUUCACUUAUAUGGUCAUGCAGUAUCACAGGAAGGACUAGUAUGACAUUUCAGGAGGCUUUAGAAUGCGAAGAGAAUGCAAAGAAAAGUUUGAAAGAGUUUCCGAUGGAGCUACGUAUCCCUAUACUAUAUCUUGCUAGUAAAACAAAUAGAUUCUCUUUUAAUGAGAUGAUUGAGGAUGUUUAUCAGUUUGCGAGAGACCGCUAUUUUGUAGGAGAAAUGGUAGAAGCAAGUUUUACUGAAGAAUCUUGGUGUAAUUGUCAUGUUCUUCAAGUUAUUGUACCUUCUGAGCAGCAAGUUAGUGCAUACCUAAAUGAAAAUGGCAGAAGCCUGCAAGAAAAUUAUUAUCAUCCUCCAGCAAAAUUAUUUCGUUACGAGGUAGAACAGUUAGAUUCUGGAGACUCUGAUGUCAGCCAACUCAUGAUAGUAGAAGCAUCUCAAGUCAGAAGACGAAAACAGCAUUAUAGCAGAGAGCGUAAUAAAAUAUUUCUUCGUCAGCUGUGUGAACAAAAUGCCAGUGGCACCUGGGUAGUAAAGGACAGUGUUUUGAAAAAGUACGGAGUCAGCAAAGUUCGUUUCGAUACUAUAUUUGCAGGAACACUACCAGAUUUUACAAUGCGUAUCAAGAAAUCUGUUAAACAAAGGCAAGAAUCCAUAAAUAAGUUUCUCACCACAGAUGUGUCUAAGCAAAAGACACUGGUGAAAGCGGAUCUUCAGAAAAAAGUUGGCGAUACCGGAAAGGUCAAUGACAAUGGCGGUGUGGUGGUGAAGAAAAUUCGAAAACCAAGAAUGAAUGGCAAAUUUAAGGAAGAACUUAAGGCGAAAGCUCUGGAAGAGAAAGCAAAACGUAAAGAGGAAAGGGCCCUGAAAAGCGAGCACCUAAAGGAAAAGAAGCAAAAAUUAGCAGCUUUAGCGGCAUACGUAAAACAAUGGAAUAAGCCGAGAGAAGAUCUCGAGUGCGAGGAUCUUUGCCCCAUUCCUGAACCUACUGUUAUUAAAUGCAAUAUACCGAACGAAAAGUUUGGAGACUUUGCAAUGAUAUUAGAAUUUCUCCAAUUCUUCAACGAAGAAUUAGAGGCGUCUGAAUAUUUUGCUGGAGGCUUCAAUUUAGAAUUAUUGGAGAAGGCUUUGUUAACUAAAGAAGUAUCCGGUCCUUGGAGUGAUUUAUUGCAGUUGCUGUUAAUAAAUAUAUUUAAAUAUCAGAAAGAAGAAGAUAAUGAGAUUGAUGCACAAGCAGCAUCUAUUUUGUUAGACGAUAUUAGUCCUUAUGAAGGCGCAUCAUCAAUGGCAAAGGCUGUAAAACUCGCUACAAUGGCUUCUAGAUGGUGUCCGACUUAUCAAGGAUGCAAAUUAUCAGAAUUGACAGUGGAUCACGUAACUCUGAGCGAGAUAUUAAGGCAACAUUUAUUGAGCUCUGGUGGACGCAUAAGUGAAGCUGCUUCCAAAUGGCGAUACUCGCAGAAAGGUGGUUACACAAAUUUUGAUGAGCCAGCGCUUCUCCUAAGAAUAAAUGAAUGUUACAUUUUACGAUUGUUGGGUCACCGAAAUGUUUGCGAGCUCGAUUUAGAUGACAAAAUAAAAAUUGCGACAUGUUUGAUUAAUCAGUUACUCACAUUUGCACCGAUACGCGAUGCGAUUGAGGAACGGCACGAUAAACUACAUCAAGCAAAAAGGGAAUUGAAAUUGUUUUUGCUCGCUGAGCAGAAGAAGGAGAAGGAGGAGAAGGAAAAAAUGAGAGAACGUGAGAAGGAAGGCAAACUUGAGGAGGAAGAUUCAAAGCCGAAGAAAGUGACGCGUGGUAAUUAUGAGGAAGAAAAAAAAAAGGAAGAAUAUGAAAGCAAGUUGAAAGAGCUGCAACAAGCAUCAAGGGAUGACGCGAUGAUGCUUUUUUUGGGUGCAGAUAGAGCUCACCGAAGAUAUUGGAGAUUUUUAUCUAUACCAGGAAUAUUUGUAGAGAAUGACGAAUGGUGGGCUGGAAGUUGCCUUCCUGAAGGCACACCACAUCAUCCAGAGCUGCAAGAUAAAGAGUCAACAUACGCAUAUCUAAAAAAUAAGUUCGAAGAUGAAUUCAGUGACAAGGAGAAUAGUUUUAAAAAAUCAAAGAAGUCGCCGAAGAAGGUUGUGUCCUCGGACAAGAACGGCGUGAAAUCGCCGCGGAAGGAAGCAAGUCGAAAAGAAUUUAAACAGGACCUGACUAACAUUAAAAAGAACUUGGUAUUGUGUACAGGUGACAAAGACUGCCCUGUUCAUUGCAAGAGAUCACCACUGAAAUGGAGCUUUUACGGGAAUCAGGAGGACAUUCAAGCGCUAAUAAAUAGUUUAAGUACAAGGGGCAUCAGGGAAAGUGAGCUCAGACAUAAUCUUAUACAAGAAAUGGAUAGUUUGCUCACUGUUAUCAACGAAUGUCCCAAGCAUAGAUUAAAUCCUGACGUAUUUCCAGAUCCUAGCAAAGGACAGAUCAACAAGGCGACGAAGAAGAACAAGUACGAGAACUCAAACUUGAAUUUUCCCCCGGAGAUACCAGUUGACGAAGUGAUGGAAUUAACUCUGAGAGAUUAUAUUUUGGACUUUGAGGACAAGAUCAAAGCAGGCUGCUUGGGCUGCCUGAAGAUCAUCAAUCGCGAGGUUUGGAGAAACGCGAUCAACCAGCGAGGUUACGACAAACAGUGCGAUAAAUUAAUAUGCGCCAGUGGCGAGAUAGAUAUAGACACGCCUGCCAACAUCUUGAUAGACAAGAUAAAGAACGAGUCUAAAUACAGUAGACCUGGUACACCAGACUCUGAGGUUGGCAGUAUUAACAUAAAGACUUACAGGGAUCCGGGGAUGUACUUAGAUUUACCUAGCGGAAAUGAAAUGGUGCCGGAUCAGAAACAACAAGCGAUUAUCAAGCAGCUGGCUUGCGCUAUUCUGCAGUUGUCCCACGGUGUUGAGCAAAGGUACUUACACAGACCAUUGGGGCCCGAUCAAAAAGACAAGAAGUGGUUAAGCGAAGAGGCACGAGAAAAAUGGGAACAGUCGCUUAUGGCGUCGACAAAUUGGUCUCAAUUAUUUAUUCACUUAAGUACCUUAGAAAAUAGCGUCGCAUGGGACAGAAGUGUGUUGAACGCUCAGUGUCGUAUAUGCCGAAGGCGUAGAGACGCGGAAAAUAUGUUACUCUGCGACGAAUGCAACAAAGGACACCAUCUGUACUGUUUAAAACCAAAACUUAAUGCUGUACCAGAGGGAGAUUGGUUCUGUACAACGUGUAGACCGCCAGUGAUAAAACCCAAGAGAAAGAUUCAGAAACGAAAGAGGUUCGAAGAUGAAAUGGAAGACGAAGCGAUAUUGACCAAAGAAACGCGACAUAACCGCGCCAGACGCGCGAUACAGUUUACUCUUAGCGAGGAGGAAAUUGGAUUCGAUCAAGAAGACGAUAAUGAUCAAGAGAGCGAUGAAGAUAUAAACGCACAGUCGGGAAAUAUAUGCGCAUCUUGCAAGAGCGGUGGGAAACUGAUCGCUUGCGAUAUAUGCCACGAUCGUUAUCACUUGGAGUGCAUAGAACCACCGUUGUCGAGAGCUCCUAGAGGAAGAUGGUCUUGUACAAAGUGCAAGGAUAAAAGAAGGAAUGUUACGAAAGUGAGGGGGCGCGAAAGGGAAAGAGACAAGGAGAGGCUGUGCGCAGCAGCAGCACGCUCUCGCAUCCAUGGCUUUGCCAAGAGCCUCCUCACUACAGAAUCUACAGACUGGGACGAUAGCAGCGCAUCGGAGGACACCGAACCGAGGCAAACGCGACGCGCGACUAAGAGGGCCGCUGAAAUUGAACACGAGGAAGACAAAAGCUCGAUCAAAGGAUCCAUGGCGAGAUUGCAAGAAUUACUGUCCGACAUUAGGCACCACCGAGACUCCUGGCCGUUCCUCUCGCCCGUUACGAAAGAUGAAGUCCCAGAUUACCACGACAUCAUUUCUAACCCGAUGGAUUUCGGUACAAUCAAAUACAAGCUCGGUAACGGGGAUUAUCAGAGGGUAGAAGAGUUUUUUAGCGACUGCCAAUUGGUUUUUGAUAACUGCAGAUUGUACAAUAAGGAGCACAGUUCUGUCUACAGCUACGUGUACAGGGCAGGAACGCGACUACUCAAGUACUUUGAAAAACGCUGCAAAGAAUUGGGAUUGGAUCUUGGCGAAGCGCUGUUUCAAGAGCCUAAGCCUAAGAGGGCGAGAUUGAACGGCGAUGGUUUUGAAGAAAAUGGAGCGACCGACAGCGAGGACGAUGAAGGGGAGCUACAGAAAAGAAGAUAGAAGCGAGACAUAAUAUAUAUUUCAGUAUGCAUACUCUCAUGAGAUUCUUAAAUCUUUAUGCUUCUCGUAAAUUUGAUAUAUUUUCAACUUAUACAGACCUAUGUAUCGAUACCAAGCGAUGAAUAGAUUCUGGUAUAUAGCUCAAGACUUUUAUAAACUAUGUACCGAUUCUUUUCGCAGCGUGUAACAAAAAAGAUUAUUCCAACAAUUUGCGGAAUAGUACAACUGUGAAAAUUUAUUUUGCGAAAUCGAUAUGAACGGAGAAAAUUUUCUUUACUCUCUAGAAUUUAUUUUACCUCGAGGCUUGUAAUAAAGAUGUACGCAGUAUUAUUUGCAACAAUUCAUAUACGUAAGUCGCACUACAUAUACUUUUUAAGUAUAUCGCACGUAUGCAUUGUAUCGAGUGUACGCAUCCUGAAACAAGCAUAUACGAGCAGCGAGUUAGUUCCAUUUGCUUUGAAUUGUACAAGAGUAGCACUAUUUUCUUUAUAAGUGUAUUGUUAAAGAAGAAAAUAUUCGUUACUACGAAAUUAAUAUUUUCGCAUUUUCUUCUCGACAAUUAUUUAUUAUGUUAUUAUUAUUCGCGCAUUUCGUGCACAUACUCUUAUCUAUGGCUAUUGAUGAUCGUUUACUGUGUAUGUGGUAAGUUAAAUGUUAGAAAUUUUAUUCCUUUCACCCUUCCCCCCUCUCAAGAGAAAAAAUACGCGCAAAGUUUAACCGUUAAAACACGAGAAUUAUGUCGCGAUAGAGAGUUGCGGGAUACGUUAAAAUUCAAAGUUACUUCGUUCUAGCUGAACACUGCUUUUGGAAAAUGCAUAAACACUACUCAUAAAUUCAUGUUUGUAGAUCCAGACAAUAAAGUUGGGUACUUUUGUA